UAGGGGGCGGGGUCUGCGUGCGGUGAGGUCACGACGCCGGCUCCUCCCAGCGCAAGUACGCAGGUCAGCGGAGUGCAGUCGCCAGCUCUGGGACCUUGGAGACCCGUGGCUCUCGCGACGAUGGGUGCUCGGCUGAGCGGCGGCCAGGGCGCCCCAGAGCCCGUGCAGGCCCAGCCCCAGCCCCAACCCGGGGCGCCUGAGGCCCCUGAGCGGCCCCAGCCUGAACCCAGUCCCUGGGGGCCACUGGACGAUGUGCGCUUCCUCAUCACCUGCACCUCCUGGUACUGACUCGACACCCUCCGCAGUUACUGCCAGCUGCCAACUGUUGUUGUGCUGUUAUGUUCCUCCCUUGUCGUCCUUUUCCAACCCUGGCGCCCAGGACAGGCUCGGAGAGUCGAGGAGAUAGAUCACGGAGGACUGGAAGGAGGUCUCGGCAGGGCCUCUUCGGCAGCCUCGCCAUGGGGCACCGGCUCGCCUCUAGUUCCUUCCGAAUUUGUUCGCUUCUUAGCCUGCACCCAAACCAGCUUAAACCUUCGUGCUCACCCCCACCCUACAGCUUCUCCAGCCGUCUGGGUUCUGGGGCAGCCCUUCCUGGCCCUGGCUUCCAGAACCAGGCCAGGACUCCUGGUAAGCCCCCAAGACUGCUGACCUCACCUCCUCUCGUCUGUUCCUUAUUGCUAAGAACCGGACCGUUGCUUUUGUCCCUGGUUAUGGCACCAUGUGCCUUGGCUUCGGAGAAGACCUUGCCACAGUGACCCUCCCUGUACUUCUCCUAGGGGGGGCUUGCUUUGCCAUCCUGGAUCCCAGUGAGGCAUUAUCAGGUUGUGUGCCAGGAACCCCAGUAACACUGGGCCUCUGGGGCCAGCCUUUUUGAGAGAGGGGACAUUUGAUUGCUGGGCUGGUAGAUGAGAUGCAUGGGACAGUUCCCAGACACCCCAAAGCACCCUGUUCCCCCUCUCCCAGAAGUUUCUUAAGGCCACUCCCAGAACCUGAUCCUUGUUCCUAUAUCCCAAGAAAACAACACACUCUGUAUUUUUGUUUUAUUUAGAAAUGAUUUAAAAAACAUUAUACAAAGGCUGAUCAGUUUAAAAUGUGACCGACACUGAAAUGCUGUGAUAUUCCCCGGGCCGAGGGGAAGCUGGGCUCUGGGGUCCCCAGUGCAGUGCCCCGUUGUCUGUCUGCCCUGUCCUGGGGUGAUGGGCAAACAGAUGACCACAAGACAGGAGAAUCCGAGAUUGGAAGCCUCCAGGCUGAGCCCUCUCUGGGCCUGGCCCUGCAUCCCUCACAUCUGCAGCCUGAGCUGCCUGCCUCCAUCUCCUGCUCUUUCUCAGCUGGCCUUGGUAGUACCAGGAGCCAAUGGGGAGCCUGGGGAGCCUAGAGCUUUCAAAAAGAGAGAGCACCAACCUGAGGAGUGGAGAGGGACCGGGAAGGGGAGAAGGGAGGCCAGGAAAAGAUGGAUAAAAGAGACACUUCUGAUCUCAUCUUGGACCCUAGAGGGGUCCAUAGGUGGGGACCCAAGGCCCAGCCAGCCCACCCGAUGGCCUGGGCAAGAAACAAUCUCUCUGUGCUUCAUUUGAGGGCACGGUGAGAGUUACCCUAGGCUUCCCAGGGCCUACACGAGUUUCAUGUGAGUGGACAGGUAUGAGCUAAUAAAGUGCUUUGCAAAGUAUAAAACACUA